GAUAGUUAUAAUUCUGUACUGUGUAAAAGGAGGCUUUAUGAUCCCGGUAUGAACACUGUUGUUUCAGAGUGGGACUUGGUAUGCGAUAAGAGUUGGGUUCCAUCCACCAUUACAACAUUACAAAUGGGAGGUUUGAUAACUGGCGGAUUUGUUUCUGGUCACGUUGCAGACGCCAUUGGACGUAAACGUACAUACGUUUGUGCAUUGUUCGCAAUUAUAUCACUUAACACUGCGGCUGCUUUUUCAUCCACGUGGGAAAUGUUUGCAGUAUUCAGAUUUUUUAUUGGUUUUUGGAGUGGAUUUACUACUUCUUUAAAUUUCACAUUUGUUAUCGAGUUCACACCACGACAAUCAAGAUCUAUGCUUAGAUUUCUACCAUGUAGAGAACUGUUUGGAAUGCUUUAUGCAUGUCUUUGUUGGUGGUUGCAUGAUUGGCGAUACAUCCAGAUAGGCAUUGCACUCACGGUUUUUCCAUAUUUUCUAGGUAUUAUUUGGUUUGUUCCUGAAAGCUUUAGAUGGUUGGUGACACAUUGGAAAAUUCAGAAAGCAUACGAUGUGAUUAAAACAAUAGCAAGCAUGAAUAAUAAAAAGCCACCAGAGUAUGACAAUUUUCACGCAGAAGUGAUACAAGUAGAAGAUUUGGUAUCUGAAGAGAAAAAAUACAGUAUUCUAGAUAUCUUAGAUAAUCCUAGACUUUUAAAGAUAACACUUUUGUUAAUGGUUGCUUGGUUCAGCGGUGGAUACGGAACAUAUGGUAUCUUUUUUGGAGUUCAACAGCUUGAAGGGAAUAUUUACAUAAAUUUGAUUCUUCUGAACGCCAUAGGUUUAUUUCAAGUGACUGGAUGGUAUUUUGCUAACUGGAAAAUAUGUGCAAUAGCCCUUUUAAAAGAUACCAUAUUUUGUAGAAACAUUGGUUCCGGUUUGCUUAAUGCAACAUCUGGGAUUGGGAUAAUGGUAGCACCAAUUGUGAAUUUUGCUAGCCAGAAGAUUCCUGGAUUGCUAUAUCUAAUGUUUGCCGGUCUUAUGUUCCUAUCGGCGUUCCUAGUUAUUUUGUUACCAGAAACAAACAAUAAAGCUCUUCAGGACACAAUUGACUUUGAUCCAAAUAACUCUAUAUCGAAGAAAAUAAAAGAUUUUUUUAAUAAAACGGUGCAAAAAGGUUAUGAAUAUCUUAAUUAA